GGCGGACCCGUGCGGAGACUGGCUCCAACCAUCCGUGAGGGGAAUAGCUGUCCGGCCAACCCUCCCACCGGCGCCACCAUCACCAUGCUCCGUGCCCAGUUCAACGCCAGUCAGAGCCUGUUGUACCAGGGUUAUUUUGAACAAGGUAUUACAAAAUGGAGACAGCCAAAAGUUUGAAGCGUUUAUUUGUUGGCGGAUUACAUCACUUGGCUUCUGAAGGUGAAAUCAAAGAAAUAUUUAGCUCAUUUGGAGAUGUUGCAGCAGUGGAUAUUGUACUCAGGAAAGACAACCAAGGGAAUCCCAUGAAGGCCUUUGGUUAUAUUAAUAUAAAUAUCUCAGAAACUGAAUUAAAACGAUGUAUGUCAUAUCUGAAUAAAUCAAAAUGGAAAGGUGGAAAGCUGCAGAUUGAAUUAGCCAAAGAAUGUUUUUUGCAUAGACUUGCUGAAGAACGACAGAAUGCAGCUAAAAGUAAGCACAAUCCACAUGUGGACAACAUAACAAAGGUGGUAGAGUCUCUAAAGAAAGUUGGUGUUGAAAAUUUUAAGAUGAAAUCUGCUGUUCCAGGAACAGAAGUACCUGAACAUAAGGACUGGAUUGUGAGUAAAUUUGGAAGAGUGUUGCCCAUUCUUCAUCUCCACCAAAACAAUAAGAAAAAAAUUAUAAAAUUUGAUCCUUCUAAAUAUUGUCACAACAUCAAGAAGCUUGAUCAUGUAUCAGAUUCAGAAAUCAAAACACCAGUAACCAAACUUACAUGGUAUCUUGACGAGCGAGAUGAUGAGGAGACAAGUAAGAAAAGACGAGGUAUAUUUCCUAAUCAGUCACAGAAUGUAAAGAGGAAGAAGCUAUCCCCUGACAAAUACAGUGCAGAAGGUUCCGUGGAUUCUGAUCGCAAUAUCCAAACAAAAAUAAUGCAUUUGAACAAAGUCAGAUAUUGUACAAGUAAAGGGUUUAAUGAACACGAGAUAGAUACGACAGGAAAGAAAUCAACUUUUUCUAAAUCUGGUUGUAUAGGCUUCAAGAAUCAAAACCUUGACAAGAAAGAAACUACUGUUGUCAUUGAAAACAGUGCUAUAUCAAAAGCUGCCGUGGCAAGCCUUGAUUCUGAUACUGAAGAACUGGAGUUGUUUACAGAAGAGAAAAGUAAAAGAUUAAGUCAGAAAGAUGUAAAAGAACAAGAUAUUCCUUUGGAAGUGGUUGGUGAGGAUUAUGUAUUAAAACAAAAAACCCACUGGGCGUUGGAUAACUCAAAGAGAAAAAUGUUGAAAGGUAUGAGCAAUGAAGCAUCAAAUAACAGUGGGAGUGAAUAUGAUUCUGCUGACACAGAUGAGAUCAUCUCCACGAAGAUGACACUUUGUCAUAACUUGCCACAGACAAAAGUGAAUAGUAAACCAGAUUUUGUGAACAGUGAGACUGAAGUUAACACUGAAAAGGAUGAUUGUGAAUCCAGAAGUAAUAGCAGUAAUGAGGAUACAACAGACAACGAUUCUGAAUCUAGUAUGGAUACUGAUUAUGAAGAAAUGACAAGUAAUUGUUACCAAAUAGACUUGUCACUAACAGACCUUGAACAGCUGGUAAAUAAAUCAUCUGAAUCUAAGGAAACAAGUAGUCAAUCAGAAAAAAGUGAAAUGAACUUUACUAAAAAUAAGUCAUUAAUCCCUUUUGCACAGAAUCUCUUGCCAAAUUCAGGAAACUCACUUUCACAAGGCAAACCUGUCUUGAACCAAAAGACUAUAACAGACAAUAUGUUUCCAGUGGUUCGAAAGGACGACAGCAGUGACUCUGAAAUGGUACUUAAUCAACAGCUAAGUAACUUGCCUCGUAAAGAUACUCGGUGCCUUACUGAGGUAAAGAAAACAAACAUCGAAAAAGAGAAAGUGAAUGGAUUGGGAACUGUGGAUUCUGAUAGUGACAUGAAAAGUAAUUGCAAACUGCCACCUUUCAAAGGUACAAAAUUCCUUCAAGUCAAUGCUUUAACUACAGCCUCUCCUAUCUAUAGUGUUAAACAUGGUAUGGUUGAAUGUGAAGAAAAAUCCAAGUCUGAUGUGCAUAAAAUAUCUGUCUCCAAAUCAAUGAAUAAAGAUGAGACUGAAGAAUCCAAGGAAGAUGCUAAGGAUGGGAAGCAAACAAUGCUGCAUACAAAACCGAACAACUCUCAGAAACUUGAACUGUUGUCAUUGUCUGUCACCAAAACUGGCCAUGAGGACAAAAUGAUAGAAUCUAAAGCUGGAACAGCUGGAUGUAAAUUAAGUAUUUCUCCCGGCAUUAAGAAUACUACUUGUCCUCAGAAUUUGGAUAAGCGCUUAUUGGACAAUCAGAAAAGAUUGGCUGCAAUACAGCAAAGGCAAAAAGAGGCAGAAGUGCAAAAGGAACUCAUCCAGGGGGCGCUGUCUGAUUUGGAAGGUCCAAAACUUGGAAAAGGAAAGCAUAUUAUCUUUGAUCUUGAAGAAGAAUAUGAAAGUGAGACAAUGUUUGAAGGUGAUGAACACAGUUGCAAAGCAGGAGAUGCAACCACAUCAGUAGAAAGUCAAGGCAAAAAACUUGUUGCUAAAGAUUUUAAAAGCAGAACAAUUGGAAAAUUAUUUGAUAGUGAGGAUGAAGAUGAUGAUGUUGAUCAUAGUGAAAGUUUCAAAAUCAAGCCUCAGUUUGAAGGAAAAACUGGUCAGAAGCUGUUGGCCCUACAAUCACGGUUUGGUACAGAUGAAAGAUUUCGCAUGGAUGAACGAUUCUUGGAAAGUGAAGAUGAAAGCAUGGAAGAAUCAGUCACAGUUGGAAAACAGAAUGCUGAGGAAGAAGAGCUUAUUGCGGAAAAAAGAAGAUCUUUGAAUAUCUUGAAGAGUAUCGUUCAGGAAGGCAAUGAAAAAACUGAAAUCAAUAAAGAACACAGAAAAUUAAAACAUUUCAGAGAUGUUUCUGCUCUGCAGUAUGAUCCUACAAGAAAAGAUCAUAUUAUCUAUGAAAACAAGUUUGAGGAAACUAAGAAAAUAAGCAAAGCAGCAAAAAAGAAAAUGAAAGAAGAGGAACAGAAACUUCCAGAAGUAUCGAAAGAAAUCUAUUAUGAUGUGAAUAAGAACCUGAAAGGAAUGUUCAUCUCUAGCACCAACGAAAAAGAAAAAGUUGCAUGGGAUAAGAAAGAUGAGAGUCAGCUUGAAAAUCGAUGCUCUGAAUCUUCUGAAGUCCCAACCAUCCAGCACACAUUUGACAACCUUUUCAGUAAAAACGCUGUUAAGGAAGAAUCUACAAAUUUUACAUUUUCAUUUUUUGGAGCAGCCACUUAUGAUUCCAGUGAAAAGCCAGAACAUUAUAAAACUGAGCCAGUAACAAUGUCAGCAUUUCCAUGGCAUGAAGAUCCUCGAUUCCAAGACAGCUCAUCUGAAGAUGAGGGGGAUAUCGAAGAUUCUGAAGAUAACACUGAAGAAAGUUUGGUACAACUUCCUGAGAGGAAAGCAAAUUUCUUUUUCUUUUACAAAGAUGACCAAAGGCUUAAAGAUGGCCCUAAACUGUUUUGCCGAAGUAUAGAUCUGACAGCUGAGAGAGAAACCUGGGAAAAAAAACGAGCGUUACUAAUCGAGGAGUACCAAAAGAAGCACAAAACAGAGAAACGGAGAAAAAAAGACAAGCAAUAGAUCAGUUCAUGGGAAUGAUGUGCUGUUAAUCCAAACAGAAAACUCACAUGAGGAAUAUUGGAAGAUUUACUGUGAUCUAUUUA